AUGACCGCCACAACUAUCAAGUGGAUUCUCGUUGCUUUAUUGUUUAACGUUCUCCAGGAAAACUUGGCACAAUAUGUUCCUCCUACUCCCACCGUCGAACCGCUUUAUCCAAAAGGUCUACGGAUGUCAAUUCCCCACGAGGAUGGAAUCUCUUUGGUGGCUUACCACGUAAAAUUCAACGAAGAUUUUGAAGGUCUCGAGGCCGGGACCAUCGCCAGGGACAUUGUAAAAGUAAAAAAUGGCCGUUGGACUUACGAGGAUCGGGGCACUAAACUGAAACCUGGCGAUACGAUUUAUUAUUGGGUCCAUGUAGUCUACGAUCGUCUCGGUUACAAUUUACUCGAUCAACAACACGUUGUCACUGAAUUUUACAACUACGAUGGAACACCAAUGAGCAGUACACCAAGCGGUGGUUGCCUGAUACCUUCAGAAACAAAGACAUAUGUUCGCGACGAGAAGACUCAACAAUUAAGACGCAACAACGUCUGUUCAGGUCAAUUAAUAUUCGAGGAGAACUUCGAUUCACUAGAUAAAAAUCGUUGGAAGAUCAUUGAACGUUUCUCGAAUCCUCCAAACCUUGAAUUUGUCGUAUACCUGAACGACGAGGACAACGUUUACGUCAAGGAUGGCGCGUUGCACGUUAAACCGGUUCUCACUAAAGAUAAAUUCGGUGAUCAGUUCGUGCAGGAUGGUACUAUGGUUCUGAACAAGUGUACCGGGGAAAUCGAUACCAGGGAUUGCAAACGAACCGCGCUUGGCUGGAACAUCUUACCUCCCAUUGCAUCGGGACGAUUGAAUACUAAGCCGUCUUUUAACUUUUUGUAUGGAAAGAUCGAAAUUCGGGCUAAAUUACCGCGUGGUGAUUGGAUAUAUCCGUUGAUCACUCUAGAAAGCUCAGAUGAACCUUCAAACAUGUCAUCCUUCUGCAACAUAAUAAUCGCUCAUUCGGUUGGCAAUCCUUCGCUGAGACUGCGCGACGGUCAGGAUGUAAGCAGUCAUCUUCUUAUGGGUGGCGUACACGUGAUAAAUCUAAGCAACAUUAAUCAACAAGACAAUCGAUUGCAUCUUCCGUCGAAGAUUUCGACUUCACCGUGGUUCGAUGAUUACCACGUAUAUGAACUCGAGUGGAGGAACGGUCAAAUCAUUCUCAAAGUUGAUGGCGAACAGUAUGGAGUACAAAAUGUGCCGGCUAUGUACGAUAUUCCAGUUUAUCUCAAUGUGGGCGUAGCAGUCGGAGGACACGUCCUCUUCCCCGACAGAUCCAUAAGCGGCAACUAUGAGAAACCCUGGAGAAAUGUAGCCUCAAAGGCGUUAUACCAGUUCUGUCAAGCGGAGAACAACUGGCUGAGCACGUGGAGGCAAGGGGACACACAGCUUUCCAUAGACUACAUUAAAGUACGGGCGAUCUAAGCGCCGUACUCCGAUCCAGGAACCUCUGACACGCCACACAUAUUAAUCACAUUAUCCUUUGUAACUCCACUUAUCCGUACUUCGCUGGAAUACG